AUGCAGGGCAGGGAGGGGGCUGUGUCCGUGUUGGAGUGCGUACGUGUUCAGUUGGUGUGUUUGCUCUUUAUGUUUGCCUGGCUAAGGGAGGGAGAGUGGUGUGGUGGCAAAGUGAAACGGGAGGCGGGACUGGCACAUCCAGUGCCCAAGCCCCCUCUCUCUCUUUUCUCUGUCCUCCCUCUCUUCUCUCUCUAUUUAUCUCUCACCUCCCCAGGCCCACCAUAUUCUCUCACUCUCACUGUCCCUCUUCCCCUCUCUUGCGCUCACCACAGCUCUCUCUCUCGCUCUUUCUCUCUCUCUCUCUCUCUCUCUCUCUCUCUCUCUCUCUCUCUCUCUCUCUCCUUCCAUCUUCUCUCCCUGUCUCUCCAUGUCUUUAGAGUCUAAACUGUACAUCUUUAUCCUCACUCUCACAAUCCUUCAUUUCCCCCCUACCACCUGUCUAACCACAGUACCCCUUCCCCCUCUCUCUUUCUGUUCUUUUUCUGCCACUCCCUUGUGGACUGACAUGUCUCUGUUACCAGACAGGGCCUGUCCUUCCCAGCCUGACCGCUGUCCCUCACUGUGGCCUUUUAAUAAACCAGCCUCUGUUCCAGACAGCAUCACCUAGAGCCUGUUGUAGGCUUGGGCGGUAUACCGUAUAUACCUUAUACCGGGGUAUUUGGAAAUAGCCAGGGGAUGGUUUUUCAAAUACCGUUAAAACAAUUUAUUUGAAGUUUUUCAAUACAUUUUAUAUUUGUAGCUACUUUUUAAGUUAAUACCAGCAGUCAACUUGUGAAAUACGUUUGGAGAUAAAGCAGAUUGCAUUCUUCAUUUCACCUGCCAUAUUAGUAGUUCCCCAGAACAGUUGAGCCAGUCACGUGUUUGUUUGUAAAUAGCACAACAGGAGAAAGUGGGAGCUGGUGAGUCCGUAGUGUUCUACGGUGAACCUCUGUUCUGCGGCGCACAUGAGAUGAUUCAUUUACACUACAAUUCACUAUUAAAUGUUUGCCAUCAGAUAUUUUAUAAUGUGAGUUGUCAGUACAGUUGCCAUUUUGUCCCCUGUGCUUCCUUCUAGUGUUUUUCGUUCUUCUCCGUGUUCUUCAUGCUGCUCUUCCUUCAGAAAAGCCGUCAUCACAACUUUGUUCAUUUGCACAAUUUCUCUCGUUCACUCUUGCUUGUAAAUGUCUAAACGCACUGAAAAAUAACAUUCGGUAGUUACUAGCUAUGCUUGUAUAACGUUAUGUGCUGGAUUUGCCUGUCUUUGCAAGUAGUUUAUGUUCGUUUUUGCUCGUUAGUAUUUAGCUAACAGCGUCUAUGUGAUUUCACUAUUAGUUUGUGCAAAUUUUGUUAGCAUUCUGGUAAUAUAGGCCCAAUUAGCUUUUCUUGUGUUUUUUGCUCCCCCACCAUGCCAGUAAUACCGUAAAUCCCAGGGUGAGAGAAGGACGGUAUAAUGAUAUGAAAAUCUGGAUACCGCCCAAGCCUGUGGUCUAAUCAUUUAUCUGGCCCUCAGGCAUUGAGUCUGUAAACUGGACCAGCAGACCCUGCCCAGUGUCCAAGAUGGCCCACGUUCUAUUAUUAACCAAACUAGAUUCAGCAGCACACUAUUUUCAUGCCCCAUCAAGCGCCACAGAUCAACAUUUGUCAUCACCUGUUUCUGUCCUGCACAGGGUUAGAGCACAUGUUUGUACCUAAUACCUAUAUGUCAGGGUUAGAGCGCAUGUUUGUACCUAAUACCUAUAUGUCAGGGUUAGAGCGCAUGUUUGUACCUAAUACCUAUAUGUCAGGGUUAGAGCGCAUGUUUGUACCUAAUACCUAUACAGUGAGGGAAAAAAGUAUUUGAGUUUGCCCACUGACAAAGAAAUGAUCAGUCUAUAAUUUUAAUGGUAGGUUUAUUUGAACAGUGAGAGACAGAAUAACAACAACAAAUUUCAGAAAAACGCAUGUCAAAAAUGUUAUAAAUUGAUUUGCAUUUUAAUGAGGGAGAUAAGUAUUUGACCCCCUCUCAAUCAGAAAGAUUUGUCUUUUAUACAGGUAACGAGCUGAGAUUAGGAGCACACUCUUAAAGGGAGUGCUCCUAAUCUCAGCUUGUUACCUGUAUAAAAGACACCUGUCCACAGAAGCAAUCAAUCAAUCAGAUUCCAAACUCUCCACCAUGGCCAAGACCAAAGAGCUCUCCAAGGAUGUCAGGGACAAGAUUGUAGACCUACACAAGGCUGGAAUGGGCUACAAGACCAUCGCCAAGCAGCUUGGUGAGAAGGUGACAACCGUUGGUGCGAUUAUUCGCAAAUGGAAGAAACACAAAAUAACUGUCAAUCUCCCUCGGCAUGGGGCUCCAUGCAAGAUCUCACCUCGUGGAGUUGCAAUGAUCAUGAGAACAGUGAGGAAUCAGCCCAGAACUACACGGGAGGAUAUUGUCAAUGAUCUCAAGGCAGCUGGGACCAUAGCCACCAAGAAAACAAUUGGUAACACACUACGCCGUGAAGGACUGAAAUCUUGCAGCGCCCGCAAGGUCCCCCUGCUCAACAAGGCACAUAUACAGGCCCGUCUGAAGUUUGCCAAUGAACAUCUGAAUGAUUCAGAGGAGAACUGGGUGAAAGUGUUGUGGUCAGAUGAGACCAAAAUCGAGCUCUUUGGCAUCAACUCAACUCGCCAUGUUUGGAGGAGGAGGAAUGCUGCCUAUGACCCCAGGAACACCAUCCCCACCGUCAAACAUGGAGGUGGAAACAUUAUGCUUUGGGGGUGUUUUUCUGCUAAGGGGACAGGACAACUUCACCGCAUCAAAGGGACGAUGGACGGGGCCAUGUACCGUCAAAUCUUGGGUGAGAACCUCCUUCCCUCAGCCAGGGCAUUGAAAAUGGGUCGUGGAUGGGUAUUCUAGCAUGACAAUGACCCAAAACACACGGCCAAGGCAACAAAGGAGUGGCUCAAGAAGAAGCACAUUAAGGUCCUGGAGUGGCCUAGCCAGUCUCCAGACCUUAAUCCCAUAGAAAAUCUGUGGAGGGAGCUGAAGGUUUGAGUUGCCAAACGUCAGGCUCGAAACCUUAAUGACUUGGAGAAGAUCUGCAAAGAGGAGUGGGACAAAAUCCCUCCUGAGAUGUGUGCAAACCUGGUGGCCAACUACAAGAAACAUCUGACCUCUGUGAUUGCCAAUAAGGGUUUUGCCACCAAGUACUAAGUCAUGUUUUGCAGAGGGGUCAAAUACUUAUUUCCCUCAUUAAAAUGCAAAUCAAUUUAUAACAUUUUUUACAUGCGUUUUUCUGGAUUAUUUUGUUGUUAUUCUGUCUCUCACUGUUCAAAUAAACCUACCAUUUAAAAUUAUAGACUGAUCAUGUCUUUGUCAGUGGGCAAACGUACAAAAUCAGCAGGGGAUCAAAUACUUUUUUCCCUCACUGUAUGUCAGGCUUAGAGCGCAUGUUUGUACCUAAUACCUAUAUGUUAGGCUUAGAGCGCAUGUUUGGUAUAGGUAGGCUGAAGCCAGCGACUUCCUACAGUAGGUAAUAGGUAGGAAGAAGCCAGCGACUUCCUACAGUAGGUAAUAGGUAGGAUGAAGCCAGCGACUUCCUACAGUAGGUAAUAGGUAGGAUGAAGCCAGCGACUUCCUACAGUAGGUAAUAGGUAGGAUGAAGCCAGCGACUUCCUACAGUAGGUAAUAGGUAGGCUGAAGCCAGCGACUUCCUACAGUAGGUAAUAUGUAGGCUUUUUCUGAAACCCUUGUCUGGUAGCAUAUCUCAAUAGCUGAUGUCUUGUCAGCUACUCUGUAACUUCAUGGUCUUGGCUCUCUACUUGUAUAGGAAGACCAAGAGCACCCAGUUUCUGCGUCUAUUCAACAAUGGCCCCUCUCUGAACGGCUACACAUUGUAGAUGGAAAUAAUAAAGCCUUUCCUAAGGGCACCUGAAUCGCUGCCUCUGUAUAUGCAAGGUCAGAAAAUGUAUUAUCCUAGUUGUUUUCAACAGUUUAUCUUUGUGUCCCUGUGUUGUGUAUAGGAGGAGUGUUGUGCUAUGGAUUAAAAUGUUUUUUUCUAUGCAAAUCCUUGAGAGGCUCUAAGAAUGAGCUACAAGGUGAGCUCUUUGAUAGGCUAAAGAGUUACGCUACUGUCUUCAUUGUUUGUCUGCUUACCUGGCACAUCCACCAGCUGGCACACAGCAUUAUUCACACUGAUGUGACGGUACAUGUUAUAACACCCCUCAUAUUGUAUUUUUUAACAAUAGCAUCUGGCAUUGUUCUGGGUGGAAACAAGAAGAGGAAGUCAUGAGAUUUGUCGGAAUUUUCCAGCUUCUGUCUCCUCUUCUGUCUGGACCGCAAACUUACCCACCAGUGACAGUCCCCAGCAGCCCUCUGUUUGUGCAAAGAGAAGUCUUUGUUUGUUCAUUGGCAUGGCUUCUAUGUUUCGCUGAGCCACUCACAAAAGCAUAGCGUCCUAGCCUGGCUAGCUAUCAUUGCAACAUUCCCAGCAUGCUCCUUCUCUCCACCCGGAACGUCUGGAGAAUGUCAAAGAUAAUAAUAUUUGUAUAUUUUUUAGUACAAAACAUUCCAGUAUAGAGCUGUGACGAUAAACCGAAAAUGAUCGACGCCGAUCCCUUAUCGCAGGCAUUUUGCUGAUAUCGUUCAUUAAGAUAAGUAGCCUAUACUAGAAAAAUAUGAAGUUUGAAAUGAAGUAAGUUUACUAAUAUGGGUGAUUGUUAAUGGGACAAUUGUAGUGCACAUUAAUGUUAUAAACAUAUCAUUCUAUUUAUUGUUAUCGCAUAAAAUCAGGCAAUUUAUUGCGAUAUGGAUUUUUGUCCAUAUCUCCCAGCUCUAUUCCAGUAGCAUUCCAAUAACUCCUGGCAGUCUCUUGAACUCUACUGCAUUUGUGUGGUGUUUCCAUUGACCUCCCAACAGGUCUUGUUAUUUGAUCUGAUCUCUCCUUUUCAUUUUACAGUUUUAUUUUUUUUGUCAUUUAGCAGACGCUCUUAUCCAGAGCGACUUACAGUUAGUGAGGGCAUACAUUUAUUUAUUUAUUUAUUUUUAUACUUUUUUUCAUACUGGCCCCCCGUGGGAAACAAACCCACAACCCUGCCGUUGCAAGUACCAUGCUCUACCAACUGAGGGACCACAUUGACCUCUCAACAUAUCUUGUACCUCAAUGACCUUGUACCCCUGCACAUGAACUUGGUACUGGUACUCUGUGGAUAUAGCCAAGUUAUCCUUACUCAUUUAUUCCUUGUUAUUCUUUUUCUAUUUCUACUAUUUCAAUUUUUUAAAAUCUGUGCAUUGUUGGGAAGGGCCCGUCAGUAAGCAUUUCACUGUUCGUGGACACCUUUACGAAGCAUGUGACAUAACGUGAUUAGUUAUUUGAUCUGAUCUCUCCUUUCCAUUGACCCCUCAACAUAUCUUGUUAUUUGAUCUGAUCUCUCCGUUCCAUUGACCUCUCAACAUGUCUUAUUUGAUCUGAUCUCUCCUUUCCAUUGACCUCUCAACAUAUCUCUUGUUAUUUGAUCGGAUAUCUCCUUUCCAUUGACCCCUCAACAUAUCUUCUGUUAUUUGAUCUGAUCUCUCCUUUCCAUUGACCUCUCAACAUAUCUUCUUGUUAUUUGAUCUGAUCUCUCCUUUCCAUUGACCUCUCAACAUAUAUUCUUGUUAUUUGAUCUGAUCUCUCCUUUCCAUUGACCUCUCAACAUAUCUUCUUGUUAUUUGAUCUGAUCUCUCCUCUUUGAUCCUGGUGCUCCUCCUCCUUAUGGCUACUGGGUAGGCGUGUGUUACGGUAGGCGUGUGUUACGGUAGGCGUGUGUUACGGUAGGCGUGUGUUACGGUAGGCGUGUGUUACCAGUGUUCAGAUCCUGUGGAAGCACAAUGCUCUUAUUGUACCUAUUACCUCUUAUCAGCUUGAGAGGGAAAGAGAGAGAGACAAAUGAAUUCAGCCACUCAACCUGUUGAUAUUGACAGGUAGCAGCCUGAUCUACAACGAAAAUGGCCAACCAGGACCCGGUAACGACACCUAUAAUAGUAUGUGCAGUCUGUCAAGUCUAGCCAGUCUUUUUGUGAGAGAGGGUGUGUAUGUGUGUGUGUGAGACAAUUUGCAGCUGUGUGUUUGGUUCUCUAUGUGCUAGGCUACUGAUUUUCUCUUUGUUUGCUUGAGAGAGAGGGAGAAACGGAUUCCCCGGACUGUGAUUCAGCCACUCAACCUGUUGAUAUUGACAGGUAGCAGCCUGGUCUACAACAAUAAUGGCCAACCCGGACCAGGAAACAACACCUGUAGUAUGUUGUUCUCUCAUCAUGUCUUAUUUGAUCUGAUCUCUGCACUACUGUAAACAGACCUGGGUUUAAAUACUACUUAGGGUAUUUCAAUUAGGCCUACUUUCAAAGACAUUUUUAAGUAUUUAGAUAUUUUCUCUUUGAAAAUACAAGUAUUUGAAUAUUGGAAUGUGUUUGGAAAUAAAAUUGGAAAGUAUGGGCAUGUAUUUGAAAAUACUCAAAUACACAGACAAAUGUAUUUUUAAAUACAAAUAUUUAAAUGCUCCAUGCAUUUGAACCCUGGUCUGCUAGGGGGUAGGCUACUUGAAAUAAUGGACCCGGACCCGGACACAACACCUAUAGUAUAUGCAGUCUAACCAGUCUUUGUGUGAGAGGGUGUGUGUGUGUGUGAGAGGUUUGGUUCUCUAUGGGCUAGGUUACUGAUUUCUCUUUGUUGACUUGGUGGUAAUAUAGCCGAAAUGUUGUUGUAUGAUGUUUGCUUGGUGGUAACAUAGCCUAAAUAAAUACUUAACAGAGUAGCAGCAGUGUAAAAGGGAUGGGGUGGGGGGGCAGUGCAAAUAGUCCGGGUAGCCAUGAUUAGCUGUUCAGGAGUCUUAUGGCUUGGGGGUAGAAGCUGUUGAGAAGUCUUUUGGACCUAGACUUGGCACUCCGGUACCGCUUGCCGUGCGGUAGCAGAGAGAACAGUCUAUGACUAGGGUGGCUGGAGUCUUUGACAAUUUUGAGGGCCUUCCUCUGACACCGCCUGGUAUAGAGGUCCUGGAUGGCAGGAAGCUUUGCCCCAGUGAUGUACUGGGCCGUACGCACUACCCUCUGUAGUGCCUUGCGGUCAGAGGCCAAGCAGUUGCCAUACCAGGCGGUGAUGCAACCAGUCAGGAUGCUCUCGAUGGUGCAGCUGUAGAAUUUUUUGAGGAUCUGAGGACCCAUGCCAAAUCUUUUUAGUCUCCUGAGGGGGAAUAGGCUUUGUCGUGCCCUCUUCACGACUGUCUUGGUGUGUUUGGACCAUGAUAGUUUGUUGGUGAUGUGGACACCAAGGAACUUGAAGCUCUCAACCUGUUCCACUACAGCCCCGUCGAUGAGAAUGGGGGCGUGCUCAGUCCUCUUUUUUUUUUCCUGUAGUCCACAAUCAUCUCCUUUGUCUUGGUCACGUUGAGGGAGAGGUUGUUGUCCUGGCACCACACGACCAGAUCUCUGACCUCCUCCCUAUAGGCUGUCUCAUCGUUGUCGGUGAUCAGGCCUACCACUGUUGUGUCAUCGGCAAACUUAAUGAUGGUGUUGGAGUCGUGCCUGGCCAUGCAGUCAUGGGUGAACAGAGAGUACAGGAGGGGACUGAGCACGCACCCCUGAGGGGCCCCUGUGUUGAGGAUCAGUGUGGCAGAUGUGUUGUUACCUACCCUUACCACCUGGGGGCGGCCCGUCAGGAAGUCCAGGAUCCAGUUGCAGAGGGAGGUGUUUAGUCCCAGGAUCCUUAGCUUAGUGAUGAGCUUAGAGGGCACUAUGGUGUUGAAUGCUCAGCUGUAGUCAAUGAAUAGCAUUCUCACGUAGGUGUUCCUCUUGUCCAGGUGGGAAAGGGCAGUGUGGAGUGCGAUAGAGAUUGCAUCAUCUGUGGAUCUGUUGGGGCGGUAUGUAAAUUGGAGUGGGUCUAGGGUUUCUGGGAUUAUGCUGUUGAUGUGAGCCAUGACCAGUCUUUCAAAGCACUUCAUGGCUACAGACGUCAGUGCUACGGGUCGGUAGUCAUUUAGGCAGGUUAUCUUAGAGUUCUUGGGCACGGGGACUAUGGUGGUCUGCUUGAAACAUGUUGGUAUUACAGACUCAGUCAGGGACAUGUUGAAAAUGUCAGUGAAGACACUUGCCAGUUGGUCAGCACAUGCUCGGAGUACACGUCCUGGUAAUCCGUCUGGCCCUGCGGCCUUGUGAAUGUUGACCUGCUUAAAAGUCUUACUCACAUCGGCUACGGAGAGCGUGAUCACAUAGUCAUCCGGAACAGCUGGUGCUCUCAUGCAUGCUUCAGUGUUGCUUGCCUCGAAGCGAGCAUAGAAGUGGUUUAGCUCGUCUGGUAGGCUUGUGUCACUGGGCAGCUCGCGGCUGUGCUGGAUGGAAUGAAAGAUGGAUUUGACACAGGGGGAUGUGGAGUGAAAUGUGAUGGAUUGACACAGGGAUAUGUAGUGAAAUGUGAUGGAAUGAAAGAUGGAUUGACACAGGGGGAUGUGGAGUGAAACGUGAUGGAAUGACAGAUGGAUUGACAGGGGGAUGUGGAGUCAAAUCAAAUCAAAUUGUAUUUGUCACAUACACGUGUUUAGCAGAUGUUAUUGCGGGUGUAGCGAAAUGCUUGUGCUUCUAGCUCCAACAGUGCUAGUAGGGAAAAUCCUACCUCCUUUGUCUUUCUCAUCACUAUUCUUCUGAAGCGAGAGUAGAAACGCUGACAUAUAGCUCCGUUUCUGUUUGAUUUGACUGUUUGUGUUUACACUAAGAAGCUGGUAAUGAGCGUAGGGGAGGGUGAGUCGGCGUACAGCAGUAACCUAGCCUUAUCACCACCACCAUCUUUCUUUCAAAGCCCCUUUCUCACAGUAUCAACUUACCGCUGCCUGGUGUGGCGUUCUACAGUAUAGCAGGUUUAGCGUUGCGUAUAUGUCAGAAAAUAAAACACCCUCUCAACCAAUCAGAAUGGAGUAUUCAGCCAAGCCAUGGUAUAUAAGCCUAAGUGUGUAGUAACACAUCACUUCAACUGGUCGCUAAGUUGCACAGAUGGUUACAGAUUUAAGCAAGAUUUAAGUUAGUCAGAAGAAUAGUCAACCAGAGGACAAAUCCAGGUUAUGAACAAAUCCCCCACCUCUCUUUCCCUCUGCCGCUCUAUUUGGCUUUCUCCCUACCCCUCUCAGAAUGUUAGAGGAUCCCAUUCUGUCAGUGAAACCGAGAGAAUGGAUUGGCUCGCUAGUCGCCACUAGAAAAGGUGUGCUGGAGAACUUGUCACAUCUGUAAGGGUCUUGACAAUGUCCUUUUUUUUUUUCUUCUUCUAUCUUGUAGGGGUUAAGGUUAAAAGGGCACGGUUGAAGCAUAGCACACCUUGCACUUCUUCAGAUUGUCCUCAUAGGAUAGGCCCCCAGCAACGCCUGAAGCACAGCAUUACAUCUAGACCAGGGCUCUCCAAUCCUGUUCCUGGAGAUCUAUCCUCCUGUAGGUUUUCACUCCAACCCCAGUUGUAACUAACCUGAUUCAGCUUAUCAAGCAGUUAAUUAUUAGAAUCAGGUGCGCUAGAUUAGGUUUGGAGCGAAAACCUUCAGGACGGUAGCUCUCCAAGAACAGGGUUGGGGAGUAGUGCUGAGCUAUUAGUGCUUUUUGAGGUUUGUUCGAUUGAAAAAAAUUUAAGGAUUUCGGUUUUGAUUAAAAAACAACAACAUUACAUGCAUUAUGUGGGUUGAAUGCUGUAACAACACAGAAUAAAACAAUUAAUACAAGUCCCAUGAUGGUAGUGACUGCCCAUUACUGCUUAUCACUUAUUAACCAUCAUUUAUUCAUAAUACUUUACUUUAAUAAAAUAUUUAAGUUGUGUAUAUUACAUUUGUUUUACUUGAUGACUUUAUUAUUUCAUACCAAGUCAUCUCAUCUCUAUAGAGCUGAUGCCUAUGCCGAUAGUUCUUCAAAGUAAAUAAGGUAUACUUUUAUGACUGCUGAAUAUCAACUAUCAAUCACUUAGGUCAUGUAAUUUCAGGUUGAGAUACCUCUCGAAGCAACAGCUGCCCUCUAUUCCCUCACGAUAGUGCAUUCUUCUCUCUUCUGUAGCAGGCGUAAAAGAAACACAGACCGGACAAGAAUAUGCUCAAUGGAUUAUGGUCAUUGUAGUUAAUUACCACGUUUUAUGCGCUGAACUAUGUAGAAUAUUGGCCUGUUGGAAACUACAACUCCCUGAUUCAUCUCUAGAGAAACUGUGCAAUGUGCGCAUUGAGCUCAAAGAAAAAAACGAUAGGUCAAUUAGUUGUUUAAAAAACAUCACUCAGCACUAUUGGAGAGGGAAAGGGGAAAACCUAGUCUGUUGUACAACUGAAUGCAUUCAACUGAAAUGUGUCUUCUGCAUUUAACCCAACCCCUCUGAAUCAGAGAGGUGCGGAGGGCUGCCUUAAUCGACAUCCACGUCUUCGGUGCCCGGGGAACAGUGGGUUAACUUCCAUGCUCGGGCAGAACUACUGAUUUUUACCUUGUCAGCUCAGGGAUUCGAUCCAGCAAGGAUCCAGCAAGGAUGGUGAGGAGAGAGAGAGAGAGAGAGAGAGAGAGAGGUAAAGAGAGGUUAGAAGGAUGGUAAAGCGAGAGAGAGAGCAGUAAAGAGAGGUUAGAAGGAUGGUAAAGCGAGAGAGAGAGCAGUAAAGAGAGGUUAGAAGGAUGGUAAAGCGAGAGAGAGAGCAGUAAAGAGAGGUUAGAAGGAUGGUAAAGAGAGGAAGGACAAGGAGAGGAGGAGCGAGGGUUCUCUACUCAUUCACUCCUCCAUGCCUCUAGUCCCUCUCCUUCUCUACAGCUUUUCUUCUCAAGCUCUUCAAUUGCACAGAAAGCAGUGUGACCUUUUCAUUCAUUAUUCUACACAGAGUGGAGGGAGUGAAGAUGAGGGGAGACAGAGAGAGUCUGAUCCAGGUUUAACCUCUUGUCACUCUUAAUUAGAUGGAAUCCUCUCAGGCUAAAAGAACACUCUCCAGCCUCUUACUUACGUAAGAAACGUUGUCUCAUCUAAACGCCGGAGAGAGAGUAGAGAGGGAAGACGCGAGGGAGGAGAAGGAGAGGGAUAUUGGUGGUUCUGGGGGAGUGGAGACACAGACAGACAGAUGUUGGUUGGAUACCUCUUUUAGCAGUAGACGUUACGGGCAGGACCAGGAGGUGUGGGUGGGUGGCGAUGACGGGGCACAGAACAGGUCAUUCACACUCCUGCCUGUCGUACAGUUACUGUGUCAUCGCCUGCCUACAGUCCUCUCUACGGUAACAGAGUGAGAUGGUUUGUUUGACGAGGAGGGCUGACAAGUAACCACUGGUGUUGACUCUAUCUUGGCAGAGGGAGCACAGCAGACUGCCUUUUGCUAGACCUCAGUUGUUGGAUUAGAUAACUUGUAGGUCUAGCUUGCAGGUUUUUGUGUGUAUCUUCUGGUUCCAUCGCUCCAUCAUUUAUCUUAGAUGACUUACUGUAUGUCCGUGUAAAGCCUUAGCUCUGAAUUGCAACCAGUUGGCACAUGGUACAGUUGAAGUCGGAAGUUUACAUACACUUAGGUUGGAGUCAUUAAAACUUGUUUUUCAACCACUCCACAAAUGUCUUGCUAAAGAACUAUAGUUUAGGCAAGUCGGUUAGGACAUCUACUUUGUGCAUGACACAAGUCAUUUUUCCAACAAUUGUUUACAGACAGAUUAUUUCACUUAUAAUUCACUGUAUCACAAUUCCAGUGGGUCAGAAGUUUACAUACACUAAGUUGACUGUGCCUUUAAACAGCUUGGAAAAUUCCAGAAAAUGAUGUUUACAUUUACAUUUACGUCAUUUAGCAGACGCUCUUAUCCAGAGCGACUUAGUUAGUGCAUACAUUAUUCUUUUUUUAUUUUCAUACUGGCCCCCCGUGGGAAUCGAAACCACAACCCUGGCGUUGCAAACGCCAUGCUCUACCAACUGAGCUAACUCCCUGCCGGCCAUUCCCUCCCCUACCCUGGACGACGCUGGGCCAAUUGUGCGCCGCCCCAUUGGUCUCCCGGUUGCGGCCGGCUACAGCAGAGCCUGGAUUCGAACCAGGAUCUCUAGUGGCACAGCUAGCACUGCGAUGCAGUGCCUUAGACCACUGCGCCACUCGGGAGAUGCAUGAUGAUGUCAUGGCUUUAGAAGCUUCUGAUAGGCUAAUUGACAUAAUUUGAGUCAAUUGGAGGUGUACCUGUAGAUGUAUCUCAAGGCCUACCUUCAAACUCAGUGCCUCUUUGCUUGACAUCACAGGAAAAUCAAAAGAAAUCAGCCAAGACCUCAGAAAAUGAAUUGUAGACCUCCACAAGUCUGGUUCAUCCUUGGGAGCAAUUUUCAAACGCCUGAAGGUACCACGUUCAUCUGUACAAACAAUAGUACGCUAGUAUAAACACCAUGGGACAACGCAGCCGUCAUACCGCUCAGGAAGGAGAUGCAUUCUGUCUCCUAGAGAUGAACGUACUUUGGUGCGAAAAGUGCAAAUCAAUCCCAGAACAACAGCAAAGGACCUUGUGAAGAUGCUUGAGGAAACAGGUACAAAAUGAUCUAUAUCCACAGUAAAACGAGUCCUAUAUCGACAUAACCUGAAAGGCCGCUCGGCAAGGAAGACGCCACUGCUCCAAAACAGACUACGGUUUGCAACUGCACAUGGGGACAAAGAUUGUACUUUUUGGAGAAAUGUCCUCUGGUCUGAUGAAACAAAAAUAGAACUGUUUGGCCAUAAUGACCAUCGUUAUGUUUGGAGGAAAAAGGGGGUCGCUUGCAAGCCGAAGAACACCAUCCCAACUGUGAAGCACGGGGGUGGCAGCAUCAUGCUGUGGGGGUGCUUUGCUGCAGGAGGGACUGGUGCACUUCACAAAAUAGAUGGCAUCAUGAGGAAGGAAAAUUAUGUGGAUAUAUUGAAGCAACAUCUCAAGACAUCAGUCAGGAAGUUAAAGCUUGGUCGCAAAUGGAUCUUCCAAAUAGACAAUGACCCCAAGCAUACUUCCAAAGUUGUGGCAAAAUGCCUUAAGGACAACAAAGUCGAGGUAUUGGAGUGGCCAUCACAAAGCCCUGACCUCAAUCCUAUAGAAAAUGUGUGGGCAGAACUGAAAAAGCGUGUGCGAGCAAGGAGGCCUACAAACCUGACUCAGUUACACCAGCUCUGUCAGGAGGAAUGGGCCAAAAUUCACCCAAAUUAUUGUGGGAAGCUUGUGGAAGGCUACCCAAAACAUUUGACCCAAGUUAAACUAUUUAAAGGCAAUGCCACCAAAUACCAAUUGAGUGUAUGUAAACUUCUGACCCACUGGGAAUGUGAUGAAAGAAAUAAAAGCUGAAAGAAAUAAUUCUCUCUACUAUUAUUCUGACAUUUCACAUUCUUUAAAAUAAAGUGGUGAUCCUAACUGACCUAAGACAGGGAAUUUGUACUAGGAUUAAAUGUCAGGAAUUGCGAAAAACUGAAUUUAAAUUUAUUUGGCUAAGGUGUAUGUAAACUUCCGAUUUCAACUGUACAUUGCUAUGAAGUACUAUUUUUUUUCCCCAGCAUGCUUUUUUGGUCUUUUGAAAAAAACAAUCACAAAAACGCCUUCGAUUGUCAUGAAGCGUGUUGUUUGUGACUAAGUCCUGAUAUGCCUGACCUCUGUGUGAGUGAUAUUGUUUGGCUGACUGGCGGACAUCUGGCCUAAUGGCCGAACUAGCAUUAGCAUAGUGGAGCUAAGUGCAGCCUUAAUCUUAAAGCUAUGGUAUAGCAAAGGCUAUGGCAUGAUGAGAAGGGGUACCAUCUAAUCUCUGUGGGCGUUGUUGUAGCAUCAAGCUGUCUGGACUACACUAUAUAUGCAAGGGAUUACAUUUUUGAUUCCAUUAAAUCAAAUCCCCCCAAAAAUGUCACAUGCGCAGAAUACAACAGGUGUAGUAGACCUUACAGUGAAAUGCUUACUUACCAGCCCUUAACUAGUAGAGUUUUUAGAAAGUAAGACAAAUUUGCUAAAUAAACUAAAGGAAAAAUAGUAACACAAAAACAAUAACAAUAACGGGGCUAUAUACAAGGAUAAUGGAUAUUUCUUGAUCUUCAUUAUGUUAUUGUGUGUCUGUCUGUUUGUUGCAGCUUUCCGAGAGACAACCCCAGUGUGAAGAUGAGACCAUGGUUCCAGUACUAACUUCAAAAAAAGCCAGCGAACUACCAGUGAACGAAGUAACGUGUGUCCUGCAGGUAUGUAUGGCACAGUGAAAAAUGUAGAACUUAGUACAUUGCACUAAUAGUAAUGGAAUACAUAGACAUUUGAGUCAUUUAACAAACGCUCUUAUCCAGAUGACUUAGUCAGUGCAUUCAUCUUAAGAUAGCUAGGUGACACAAGUUAGACCUAGUCAGCAUCACUGUGAACUUGGUGUCAAAUAACGCCCCUCAAGCACAUUAAAGGGUGAGCCCCUCAUCUCAUGAUCACACGCUAGUCACCUGACACCGUUGUUGUUGGUAACCAUGCUCCUUCCCUCAGGCUGACCUGCAGUACGGCCUGACCCACAGUGAGGUCACCCGUCGCCGUGCCUACCAUGGCUGGAAUGAGUUCGACAUCAAUGAGGAGGAGCCUCUCUGGAGGAAGUACAUCUCCCAGGUGAGUGGCGGAUAGACGUCAAGCAGAAAAACUACAACUCCCUGGAGAGUGAAGGGAAGCUACCAAAACCUGAAAUUCAUAACAUUAUUAUGGCGUUGUAGUAAAUGUGUAUGAAGACUAAAUAAGCAAAAAGGGGAACACCCUCACACUUGAUGCAUCCUGGCUUUGAUGCUGGAGUUCUAGCACAGCAUCCCACCACUGACAUUACUAGACAUUUCCUGCGAGUGCUGAAGCCAAAGCUGCAGUAGGGCUUCAGGUUUCAGAAGCAGCUCCCUACAUGCUGUAGUGUUUAGUACAUGUGAAAUAUCACAGAUCACCUGCUGUCCUCCCUCCGCCCCGCUCUUGGUUCGCUCUUGGCUUCUUCAGCAAGGACAAAAGCUCCCAGUGUCCUCUGGGGUAGGAGGGAGGGAGAGGAGUAAAAAUCUGGGCCGCUCUGCCUGGUUUCUGUCUUCCGUGGCCAGAAGCAAAGUGAUGAGCGGUCGGAUAAAUAUAGAGCUGCCACCCUGAGAGGCCGUUUUUCUCCUCAUCCCCCCCCUCCCGCGCUCUCUCUCUCCCCCGCGCUCUCUCUCUCCCCCCCGCGCUCUCUCUCUCCCCGCGCUCUCUCUCCCCCGCGCUCUCUCUCUCCCCCCGCGCUCUCUCUCUCCCCCGCGCUCUCUCUCUCCCCCGCGCUCUCUCUCUCCCCCGCGCUCUCUCUCUCCCCCGCGCUCUCUCUCUCCCCGCGCUCGCUCUCUCUCUCCCCCGCCGCUCUCUCUUCUCCCCCGCGCUCUCUCUCUCUCUCACCCCGCACUCUCUCUCUCUCCCCACGCUCUCUCUCUCUCCCCCUCGCUCUCUCUCCCCCGCCGCUCUCUCUUGGCCCCUACUCUCUCUCUCCCCCCUACUCUCUCCCCCCUACUCUCUCUCCUCCGUCUCCCUCUCCCCGUCUUUCUCUCCUUCUCCCCAUCUCCUCUAUUCCCACUCUCUCUCUCCCCGCACUCUCUCCCCUCUGACCCCCCCCUCUCUCUCUCUUCUUUCUUUGUUUCACCCCCUUUGAUACCCUGCUGUUGUGCCAAAAAAGAAGAAGAAAGAUCAGCCACUUACUCAUCACGUGGUUGACAUCAGAUGCAGCCUCCUGUUGCCAUGGAAACUUAUCAAAAAAUACGUAAUUAUGCCAUGAGCCAUUGCUGUACUUUGGAGGUUUGGUUUGUUUAAAUUGCAGGGGGGAAAUCUUUAUUUAAUUUUUUUUGUACUAAUCAUAAUUACAGAGGCACUUUAGAUCUAGCCAGAUUGAACCAGAUCAGAGGCUGUUCUAUCAGUAACACCAUUUUCGAAUUUCUCCAUUCCAUAUUUUAUGGUAUUUUCUCAAAGCCAUUUGUCCCAGAACGCUUAAGACCCAAACCUAACUCCCCUAGGUGACAGGGUCAACGUCCAUGGAAAGGCAGGACAGUACUCAAGAUUAGAUUUUAAAAAAUUAUCUAGAAUAUUAAUCACGGUAUUCAUUCACCACUAUCGUAUUCAUCCCUCCCUAUCGUCUGAAUUGGGAGAGUGCUACUCCCCUAUUCCCCUACUCACAUAUUCCCCUACUCCCCCAUUCCCCUACUCCCCUAUUCACCUACUCCCUACUCACUCCCUCCCCUACUCCCCUAUUCCCCUCCCUACUCACUCCCCUAUUCCCCUACUCCCCUACUCCCCUAUUAUCCUAUUCCCCUACUCCCCUAUUCCCCUACUCUCCUCCCUAUUCCCCUCCCUAUUCCCCUAUUCCCCUACUCCCCCACUCCCCUACUCCCCUGGCUCCUCUCAGUGUUGUCAGAUCAGAUUAAUCCUUGGUGUAAUGGCUUGAGGCCUGAUGCACCCUUACUGAGUUACUGAACUACCAGAGAUGGUCCAGUCUAGCUAGCUAGUUUGUUUGUUUGUGUGUGCGUGAAAUCUGUCAGAAGCAGCAUUGGCACACACACACACACACAUUGAGUGAAGAGCUACAAUCAUUCGGGUCAUUAAUCUGUCACUAGUUUGGGCUGUGCCAGUCAGGCAGGUUGUCUGUACAGAACAGAGCAGCGACGUGAUACUCUCCCUGUCUCCUGGAGGAUCCCACCAUCAGCUCAGCUCCCCCUGUCUCCUGGAGGAUCCCACCAUCAGCUCAGCUCCCCCUGUCUCCUGGAGGAUCCCACCAUCAGCUCAGCUCCCCCUGUCUCCUGGAGGAUCCCACCAUCAGCUCAGCUCCCCCUGUCUCCUGGAGGAUCCCACCAUCAGCUCAGCUCCCCCUGUCUCCUGGAGGAUCCCACCAUCAGCUCAGCUCCCCCUGUCUCCUGGAGGAUCCCACCAUCAGCUCAGCUCCAUCUCUCCCUGUCUCCUGGAGGAUCCCACCAUCAGCUCAGCUCCAUCUCUCCCUGUCUCCUGGAGGAUCCCACCAUCAGCUCAGCUCCAUCUCUCCCUGUCUCCUGGAGGAUCCCACCAUCAGCUCAGCUCCUUCUCUCCCUGUCUCCUGGAGGAUCCCACCAUCAGCUCAGCUCCAUCUCUCCCUGUCUCCUGGAGGAUCCCACCAUCAGCUCAGCUCCAUCUCUCCCUGUCUCCUGGAGGAUCCCACCAUCAGCUCAGCUCCAUCUCUCCCCGUCUCUUGGAGGAUCCCACCAUCAGCUCAGCUCCAUCUCUCCCUGUCUCCUGGAGGAUCCCACCAUCAGCUCAGCUCCAUCUCUCCCCGUCUCUUGGAGGAUCCCACCAUCACCAUCAGCUCAGAUCCAUGCCUCAGUGAGCCUGCCUGCAGCAUCAAACAGGGCUACCACGCACCGACAAGGCCCUCCAGCAUUAGAGAUAAAUAAUAUUGUGUGUGUGUGUAAUCUUCUCACCAGUAUUUUUAGCAGCAAAGUGAGAAAGCAGCACAAGGCAUUAGUUUGGCAUCAUCAUAAUCUCCCCCGUCGCUGCACCUCGUUGCCGCUGCAGAUUUUCAUCUGUUUUAGCAUCCCAGAGGAUAAAGUGGUGGCGUGAAGAGUCAUUGAUCACUGUUAUCAGACUGCGCUCUAAAAGCACUGUACAUGUUGGUGUUGAAUCCAUCACUCAGAGAGGCCAGCAGUGGGUACAUGUUGGUGUUGAAUCCAUCCCUCUGAGAGGCCAACAGUGGGUACAUAGUGGUGUUGAAUCCAUCCCUCUGAGAGGCCAACAGUGAGUACAUAGUGGUGUUGAAUCCAUCCCUCUGAGAGGCCAACAGUGGGUACAUAGUGGUGUUGAAUCCAUCCCUCUGAGAGGCCAGCAGUGGGUACAUAGUGGUGUUGAAUCCAUCCCUCAGAGGCCAGCAGUGGGUACAUAGUGGUGUUGAAUCCAUCCCUCUGAGAGGCCAACAGUGGGUACAUAGUGGUGUUGAAUCCAUCACUCAGAGAGGCCAGCAGUGGGUACAUAGUGGUGUUGAAUCCAUCCCUCUGAGAGGCCAACAGUGGGUACAUAGUGGUGUUGAAUCCAUCCCUCUGAGAGGCCAACAGUGGGUACAUAGUGGUGUUGAAUCCAUCACUCAGAGAGGCCAACAGUGGGUACAUAGUGGUGUUGAAUCCAUCCCUCUGAGAGGCCAACAGUGGGUACAUAGUGGUGUUGAAUCCAUCCCUCAGAGGCCAACAGUGGGUACAUAGUGGUGUUGAAUCCAUCCCUCUGAGAGGCCAACAGUGGGUACAUAGUGGUGUUGAAUCCAUCCCUCUGAGAGGCCAACAGUGGGUACAUAGUGGUGUUGAAUCCAUCCCUCUGAGAGGCCAACAGUGGGUACAUAGUGGUGUUGAAUCCAUCCCUCUGAGAGGCCAACAGUGGGUGCCUGGGUGGAAGCGCAUACAUAGUCAAGGACUGUGAUGUCCUUGUGUUAAUUCAAGUGCAAGGCAAAACAGACAACCAUAGAACAGUUGUAUUCCAUAUGCUAGUAGACUACAGGCAGCCCUACUGACUGCAGAGGUAACUGUGUGUACAGGAGAGACAGCGUGAUUAUUUGCACCUCAAAAGUCCCAGAGUGUGAUGUCAGCAUUUAUGAAGGUAAUUGGCCUAUAGGAGGCUCCUGUUCCUGUCAGAAGUAACCAGGAAAUCAGGGCUCUGGAGGCCUUUAAUCAAACACUAAUGUCACUCGUACCUGAUUUCUAACCGCUAUGUAAGUAUUGAGCACACUAAUUACUGUAGACUCAGUGCUUUGUUCGCUCCCCACGCUGCCUCAAUUAUCCUGUCAAAGGGAGCGACAGCAACACAGCGCCAUUGGCUGGCUAAUUAGUGGCUUGCCCAGACAUGACAGAUUGGGCCUGUUCUCCCACUGUGCAGUCAGUGGCCGUGUUUGAGAGCAUCAAACCAUGAUGUAUAAUGGGUAAAUUGUGACCAUCCAGGCACUUGUCAUCUCCCGUCUGGAUUACUGCAACUCGCUGUUGGCUGGGCUCCCUGCAUGUGCCAUUAAACCCCUACAACUCAUCCAGAAUGCCGCAGCCCGUCUGGUGUUCAACCUUCCCAAGCUCUCUCACGUCACUCCGCUCCUCCGCACACUCCACUGGCUUCCAGUUGAAGCUCGCAUCUGCUACAAGACCAUGGUGCUUGCCUACGGAGCUGUGAGGGGAACGGCACCUCCGUACCUUCAGGCUCUGAUCAGUCCCUACACCCAAACGAGGGCAUUGCGUUCAUCCACCUCUGUCCUGCUGGCCCCCCUACCUCUGCGGAAGCACAGUUCCCACUCAGCCCAGUCAAAACUGUUCGUUGCUCUGGCACCCCAAUGGUGGAACAAGCUCCCUCACGACGCCAGGACAGCGGAGUCACUCACCACCUUCCGGAGACACUUGAAACCCCACCUCUUUAAGGAAUACCUGGGAUAGGAUAAAGUAAUCCUUCUAGGACUGAUCUACAAAUAAUAUUGAGUAGUUAUUUAUGAUGCAAGGUGAUUUAUAGAUUAGUGAGUCUCCCCUCUCCUCUAAAGUCAGCCUAAAACCCCAAAGAGCAAGCAAUGCAGAUGUAGAAGCACGGUGGCUAGGAAAAGCUCCCUAGAACGGCAGGAACCUAGGAAGAAACCUAGAGAGGAACCAGGCUACAUUCAGCCAUUACUCUCUCUCUGUCUGCCAGAGAGGAACCAGGCUACAUUCAGCCAUUACUCUCUCUCUGUCUGCCAGCAAGGUUUCACAUGUAGAGGAGAUGUAGUCAUGGCUGUGGAGCCUAGUGCAGAUGUCUCUGACUGUGUAGCUACUGUGUUGGAGGUUUUCUGUGUCACUGAAAGUAUUACUGUGUCAUUGAGAUACAGUAGACUGUGUGUGUGUGUGUGACAGAAAACGUUCCAGGUGCUUUCGGGACCUGUAUGACAAAUUAAUGGGCUUCCGACUUUCUCUGUACAGAGUCCCUUAUUCUGGCUCUGUUCUAUAUAGUCUCACUCACUCACACAAGUCACUACCCAUCAUAUCAGAUGUGGAACAUUGGUAUUGAUCGUGCAGUGCAACAGCUCAAUGAUGGCUUUCUCUCUGUCUCUCUCACUCUCUCUCCAGUUUAAGGACCCUCUCAUCAUGUUGCUACUGGCCUCUGCUGUCAUCAGUGUGCUCAUGCACCAGUUUGAUGACGCCAUCAGCAUCACAGUGGUAAGGUGCUCCAUAAAUGUGUCGGUGACAACGGAUUAGACUGGGUACUACAGAGAAUGGAGAGUUAAGCACUAACCUAUUAUCCUUCUCUCUCUCUCCCCCCCCCCCCCUCCUUGACAGGCCAUUAUAAUAGUGGUUACAGUUGCCUUUGUCCAGGUAAGACCUCUUUAUUUGCCUUCACUGUGGACUGUGUUAGUUUUCACAGGGAGUCAGUCAGUGUGUUUCUCUGCAGAUGUCAUGGUGUAUUCUCAGAAUACUAAGCCAGUUGCCUAAUAGAUCACAGUGGAACAGAACAGACGGCUGUGUGUGUGUGUGUGGCUCGUCUCCGUAGAGAGAACAUUGGAAAUGCAUGGCUGUUCCAUCAUUUAUGAGGGGCAUGAAAACUGAUCAAAGACAUUCAUAGAGAGUUGUUUCAGCCCUGCUCUCUGUUUCUCUGUAGGAAUACCGCUCCGAGAAGUCCCUUGAAGAGCUGGGAAAACUUGUGCCUCCAGAAUGCCACUGGUGAGAACUGCCUCUCUCAGCUCCAAUGCUCUGUUAUGUUUUUCUUACUCACCCAUCACUAAUUGUAUCUACAAAUGGAAUGACAGUCUAACACCGUGGAAGCAGUUUAGGACCAACGUCACUCCCAUAGACUUAGUGCACACGUCCUGGGAUAAAGAAAGCACUGGUACCUCCUGAAACAAGUGAACAGGGGACAUGGAUGUAAUGGAUGUCAUUUCCACUUCAAACAUGAUCCAGAGGGCCAGAUUUGCACUUCAAACACAAGUCCCCCCCCUCCCCACAAAAUACUCACACACUCUCUCUUCCAUAUCCCCAGGCUGUUACAAGCUGUUGCCCUUGGAUACUGGUGAUGGAACUAGCAUAGUGUAGGAUAGCUUGCACACUGUAGCAUUACACUGGUCAUUGCCUGAUUUACAGCCUGGCUUGAAAUUUCAAUUCCCUCUUUUGUCUCUCUCCUCUCUCUCUGUCUCUUCUCGCGCUCUCUCGCUCUCCUUCUCACACAAUCUCUGUCGCUCACACACACUCUCUCUCUAUCCAUAUCUCUCUCGCUCUCUCUGUUUCUCUCUCUCUCGAUCUCUCCCCCCCCCCUCUCUCUCUAGUGUGAGGGAAGGACACCUGGAGCGCAUGCUGGCUCGGGAGCUGGUCCCUGGAGACACUGUCUGUCUCUCUGUUGGGGAGAGAGUCCCGGCUGAUCUACGACUCUUUGAGGUAUAUUAUACACACACACCCGUUCAGAAGCUAUAAAAAGAUACCGUCGUCGUCACCCUUCCACUUAAACACAGAUCUGGAAGGUGCCUAGAUGUAAUAAAGACUUCACUAGCUGUCAGCAAAAUAAUUGCUGAAGUGGCUGGCCAUAGUGAGCGACCCUUUUCACCCCUCUCUCUCUCCCAGGCAACUGACCUAUCAGUGGAUGAGUCCAGUCUGACAGGAGAGACCACUCCCUGCUCCAAGUGCACGUCCCACCAGCCCACCAACAAUGACAUCACCUCCCGCAGCAAUGUGUCCUUCAUGGGAACCCUGGUGCGAUGUGGCAAAGCCAAGGUACCACAAUGUCACCAUGAUCCCAUCCCAACAGUUUACCAAUAAGUGAUGGAGCAGAACUUCUUGCUGGAAAUUAAAGUUACAGAUUGUGAUUAUAACGUCUUAUAUCAUUGUGUAACCUUUUUGUUUUUGUCUUUAUAGGGUAUCGUCAUAGGAACAGGAGAAAAUUCUGAAUUUGGAGAG